GACCCGCCUUACUCAUUCAAGCUCUUCUCUUUCUCCUCUGGCGGCAAAAGUUGCAGAGCUGAACUCAUUACUCUGUGGAUCGGUUUCUUUUGUUGCAAAGUAUAAGAGAUGCCCAAAGAGCUUCCUGGAUUUUUCUAUGAUGCUGAGAAGAACAGAUAUUUCCCUAUUAAGGGUCCGAUUCCUGGUUCUUCUAAGAAACGAAAAUCGCCUUCACCUAUAGUCUCUACUAAGGAGAGAGACAAAGGGAAAUGCAUGAAGUCAAGGAGCAAUAAGUUACUCCAUGUUAGAGAGUUGUGCGGUAAAGUCAUUGCAUCCAGAAAAGGGAAACUAAAUUUUCAAAUGGAAUUCCUGAAGAAACAAGCAUCAUACCCUCAGAUUUGGAAGUAUGAUGGCACACAAAGAAUUGUUAACAGUGCUUUGGAGCACUUGACUGUUGAUCAAAACACGCCAGAGGGCCUGGUCCAGACUGAUAUUCUGUUGACAGGUGGCAUGAAUGGCUCGUUGUGUAUAUUUGAAGUUGGAAAGGUUGGACAAGAAUUUAAUCAAGGGGUAAAAUGCUUGCCAGAUCGUGUUUGGCCUCUCAAAGACAGAUACGGAGAAGGGUAUUAUGACUCACCAGGACAUGUCUGGAGACCUCGAGGAGCUUUUGUACAUAUGCCAUCGAAUAUAUCUUGUAUAAAGAUGUCCCAAAAGCACCCUGCACCCGUCAGUGAUGCUUCUUUAAAGCAUAUUCUGAUAACUACUCUGGGAGCUGAAUCAUCUGGUGGAACAGUCAACAUUCUGAACCUCAGUGAACCACUAGAUCUUAAUUCAAGUAUACCAACUGAUAGAACAAGAAUUUCUGAGAUUGCUUCAUUUGAGUGUACAGUUUGGACGGCAGAUUGUAGUCAUGAUCAGAAACAAGCAGUAGUAGGUACCAAUAGAGGAGCUGCAAUGUUGGACAUAGAAACAGGAGUGAAAUCCUGGGUUUGUCGGUCUAAAAGCGACAUUUUCUCCAUACAAUUUGAUAAUUCAGAAAAUAUUGUUUUAUGUGGGCUAAGAAAUGGAACAAUUUUAUCCAUUGACACCCGUCAAAAACCAGGAGAAUUUUCUGGUAGGCUUCCUCAGAAUAGAAUUCCGUGCCAUUCUAAUGGGUCUUCUAGUAGGUUUAAAAGCUCUGCUAGAGAUUCCUUCCAGAUCAAAGGGAAGAUGUAUCACUGCAACACAAUAUCUAUGCCUUCUUCUGUAUGUUGUUUGGCAUCUUUGAGACUUUAUGAUCAAUGUUUCCUGGCAAGCUCUAUGGACGGAUCGAUAAAGCUUUAUGAUCGUCGUCUAAUGAGGGGUGCAAUUCAAUCAUAUGAGGGAAAUAAAAAUUCUCAUAGUCGGAUACAGCUUGGAGUUGACCCAUCAGAGAUAAUGGUCAUGUCAGGUGGAGAGGACUAUCAUUUGCGGCUAUGGAGUAUCAAAUCUGGUGAACUGCUAUUCGAUGAUAAAUUCAUGGAUUCGAUCCCCUCAGUUGUACGCUGGCCAAAAACUGAAGGUCUCCUAGGAAUGGGAAAACAAAUCCAAGGUGCAUGGCUUGGAUCUGAAGAAGGGUUGUUUUUCAUGGACUGGCCUUGAGGAAAUGUCUUCUUGGUGGUCUCUUACUUGGAAUAUUCAGAACUUUGCACAUAUUAAUGUCAGCUGGUUUUGAUUAGGGAUGGCAAUGAGGCGGUGCAGUUUUGAUGUUAUG